AACGAAAAUAAUUCUAGUUAUUCGCUAGACGUUUGGCAAAACGUUUGCAAAUUUUCUACUGAAUUUUUAAAAAAAGUUAUUUAAUUAAAUAAAAAACAAAAAUAUGUUGCGUUUAUUGAAAAACACAAGUGUUUUAAAAAAUUCUGCUAGAGUAUUGGCAAACAAUGUGGCUGCCGCAAACUUUGCCUCUAUGCCAGAGCCAAAAACUAAUCCAGAAAUUCUUUAUACUGGGCUUUUCAUCAACAACGAAUGGCACAAAAGUAAAUCGGGUAAAACUUUUGAGACCAUAAAUCCCACCACCGAAAAGGCCAUAGCUGAGAUACAAUGUGCCGGUAAAGAAGAUGUAGAUUUGGCCGUUAAGGCAGCCAGAGAUGCUUUUAAACUAGGUUCUCCCUGGCGUCGCAUGGAUGCUUCGCAUAGAGGUGAAUUAUUAAAUCGUUUGGCUGAUCUAUUGGAACGUGAUCGUGUCUAUAUGGCGAGUUUGGAAACUUUGGACAAUGGUAAGCCUUAUGCCAUGUCUUAUAACGUUGACUUGCCUAUGUCUAUCAAGAAUUUGCGUUAUUUUGCUGGUUGGGCUGAUAAGAAUCAUGGUAAAACCAUACCCAUGGAUGGUGAUUUUAUGGCCUAUACCCGCCAUGAACCAGUAGGUGUUUGCGCUCAAAUCAUACCCUGGAAUUUUCCCAUUCUAAUGAUGGCCUGGAAAUUGGGCCCCGCUUUGGCUACAGGCAAUUGUAUUGUUUUGAAACCGGCCGAACAAACCAGUUUGACUGCUUUGUAUUUCGCUCAAUUGGUUAAGGAAGCUGGCUUCCCUGAGGGUGUUGUCAAUGUUUUGCCUGGUUUUGGUGAUACUGGUGCUGCUUUGUCCAAUCAUUUGGAUGUUGAUAAGGUGGCUUUCACCGGCUCCACUGAGGUGGGUAAAUUGAUUCAACAAGCCUCGGGUAAAACCAAUUUGAAACGUGUUACCUUGGAAUUGGGUGGCAAGAGUCCCAAUAUUGUUUUGGCCGAUACUGAUAUGGAUUAUGCUGUCGAGACUUCCCACUUUGGUUUAUUCUUUAACAUGGGUCAAUGCUGUUGUGCUGGUUCACGCACCUUUGUUGAAGAUAAAAUCUAUGAUGAGUUCGUUGAGCGCAGUGCUGAACGUGCCAAGAAGCGUACAGUAGGCAAUCCCUUUGAUUUGAAUGUCGAACAGGGUCCUCAGGUUAAUGAAGAACAAAUGCAAAAGAUUUUGGGUUUGAUUGAUACCGGCAAAAAGCAAGGCGCCAAAUUGGUAGCUGGUGGCAAUCGUCCUCAAGGUUUACCCGGCUAUUUCGUUGAGCCCACCGUCUUUGCCGAUGUCAACGAUAACAUGACCAUUGCCAAAGAAGAAAUCUUUGGUCCUGUCCAACAAAUCAUACGUUUUAAGAAAUUGGAUGAAGUUAUUGAAAGAGCUAACAAUUCCGAUUAUGGUUUGGCUGCCGCUGUAUUCUCUAAGGAUAUCGAUAAGGUUAACUAUAUUGUACAGGGACUAAGAGCCGGUACCGUGUGGGUUAACACCUAUAAUGCCCUCUGUGCUCAGGUACCAUUCGGCGGCUAUAAAAUGUCUGGCCAUGGUCGUGAAAAUGGUGAAUAUGCUUUACAAAACUAUACUGAAGUUAAGAGUGUUAUUGUUAAGUUGGCCCAAAAGAACUCAUAAGUGGUUUCUUUUUUUUAUGUUCUUUAUUAUUCUAAGUUGCAUGUUAUUUCCGAAAGUAUAUUAAAAGUUUAAAAAUAAAAUGUUUCUUUUUUUUGUACAAGAA